AUGGUGAAGCCAGAGCUUCCUGCAGAGGUUACUGAACUACUGUCCAACCCGGUUGAGUUGAUAAAAUGGCUUGAACGGCAAGAUACGGAGUUUGGCGUAAGUUGCGCAAAUUCCCUCUUUGAGCAACUUCUUCAGGAAGCAGCUCAACCCAAAUCUGUGUCCGGACAAGCAUGCAUAAGGCUCUGUGGCCUUGUCGAGCAAUCUUCCAAGUCUAAUUCUGAUGGCAUACGGCAAUGGGCGCUCUCACAAGAUGUCACAUUGAAAUUGUUCAACUUUUACAUUGAGUGGAAUGAGUCAGACAACCAUCGGUCGAUGAAGCUGGUUCUCGAUCUGGUUGCCCAAUGUAUUCUCAAGAACCCGGAUCGGGAAGGCUCAUUGAAGACGAAGCAAAGUAUCUUGGACAAUCUCAUCUCGAUUGUCAUUGGACGUUCCACGAAGCCUGUUGCAAAGUCUGCCAUCAAGACGCUGGAUCACUUCCUAUCGAAAGGCGUAUUUUCCCUGGACGACAUCAAGCUGGUCUAUUUGUCCUUUAGAAAGGAUCUGAGUGCGCAGGACGACGUGGAAACAUGGAGGAUAUUUACCGUGGAUCUCUUUCACUGGAUGCGCCUCCACUUUGUUUGUCCUACCGCUGGCAGAUUGAUUGUGACCAUCUACCGAUUUUGGAGACAGGGAAAGGUUACAGGGCAAGUUCCUACCAUAGAGAUAUGGCAUGAGUGGCUUCUUGACGUCUUGGCCGAGGAGCCAAAUUUGCUGGAGUCACUCAAGAACUACGUCUUCUUGCCGUUGUUCAAGCUUGACAGACCAGAGGCGUUGAGGUUUCUGGAGAUGAUGAAUGAAGAUCAUGCCGUGUCUGGAGCGAGCGAGAUGGACAUGAAUACUCCUGCGUUGUUGCAAUUAGCUGCUUUGGAGACCGGCAAGAGAGUUGGUCUUGUCGAAGAACCCGCCAUUGGCAACACCGACAAGUCGGCAGGAGAUGAUUCUUCCAUUACCCUUCACGAAAAUGUGUUGGAGAGUGUACUUGCACAUCCUUCUCAUGAAGUUCGUGCUCUGGCGCUAUCUUUGCUCAUCACGUCGCCAUCAACCACACGGCCAUACUCGCCAGUUGCUUUUGAUCUAAUCAGAAAGCACCUGGGAGCCUUCUUCGCCGACCCAGAUGCCAAGUUCAGAGUGGAUGUUGUUGCCAAAACUCGAGACAUGUUUAAGAGAGUCCGCGGUGCCAUUCACGUCCUGAAGCGCAGCAUCCCACGGGCCCGAGCCAAGGCAGAGAAAGCAAAGGCGCCUCCUCCAGCUGACAAAGAUGUUGUUUCGCAGCCUAUUCUCUAUCGGUCGAACCUGAUUGCUUUACCCGACGUCCAACUGACGCACUGCUUGGAUUACCACGUCAAGUUUCUCCACUGGUAUCUUGCCUUCCUCUGCGAGGAAUUAACCCCAACGGCGUCAUACCAGAGGCACAUUGCGGCUCUGAAGGCUCUAAUACACAUCGUGCGCUUGGAAGGGGAUACGAGUAAGACGUGGGAGACAUCUGAUGAUCAAGUACUCUUCUUUGAUUGUUUAAAUUCCAAAUGGGCUCGAGCAUUAUUCGAUUUGAUCAUGGAUCCCUUUGAGGAUGUCAGAGACAUCGCGGCGACGGCACUGGCGAAAUGCUACGCCGACGGCAGAUAUCGUCGCCUUACAUUGACUGGACUGGAAGCGACCAAAGUGCCCGUUGGCGAAAUCACCGAGCUAUCACAAAAGGCUAAUGAACUUGCUCGUAAAACAGCUAGAGCAGACCACUCGGACGGCGCCUCGAAAUCAUCCCAGUUGCUUUACCGAUUCCUUGAAUCCGGAGCGGAGAGAAUCACUUUGCUGGCAGAUAUGGUCAAUGAGUUGAGCCGAAAAGCCUCCAUGGCAGAGAAAGACCUCGGCCAAGCCGUCGUUGAUGCCCCUCUGCAUGGAGACUUUGCGUCCUUGUGCCAUACCUGGCAGGUAGUCUCCGAGAUCAAACUCUCUGCAUCUAAGCUAGAUGAGGCGAGAAAGCUUCAACUAGAGAUUGUGUCGUGCUGUGAGCGGGCAUGGAGGGCUGUCCGAGAUAUUCUGUGUGAUGAUUCUCCAGAAGGACACUUGCCUCAGGAACUCGAGGAGGUUGAUGGGCUUGACACCAAGGAUCUCCUAAGCUACAGCUUCCGUGCUGUCCACGAGUCAAGCAAUUUGAUGCGCACGAUUAUCCUGACCAUACGUAACGGAUCCCGAGACGGCUUGAUCAUCCCCUCGAAGGAAGUAUUCGAGAGAAUAGGAAACUUGACCUUCACCCAGCUGGCAACUUUGCGUCACCGAGGUGCAUUCACCACCGUUUCUGCCACAUUCGCUACUUGUUGUCAACAGACAAAGCAUUUGAAACUAGCCGAAAAUGAGAAGCCUCUUCUGGACACCUGGUACGAAGGUACAUUGAACGCAAUCUACUCACAAGCAUCAACGACUCGUCGAUCCGCAGGAAUUCCAUCCAUGAUUACGGGAAUCCUCGCUGCAAACGCCGCACAUCCCAGCUUCGAUCAAGUCAUGGACACGCUGAUGAGCAUCGCCGCCAAAGAAGCAAAGGUUUCAGAAACAGACGGCUCAAAUCUGUCCCAAGUCCACGCAUACAACUGCCUCAAGGACAUCUUCAAAAACUCUCUCCUAACAGCAUUGGGAAACAAGUCCGAGUCAUACCUACCUCAGUGUCUCGAACUAGCAGCCGGUGGACUCCGAUCCGAACUAUGGGCCAUCCGCAACUGCGGCCUCAUCUUCCUCCGAAGUCUCAUCGACAACCUAUUCGGCACUCACGAGAGCAAGGCCAUGAUUGAGGCAGGGUGGGAUGGCAAGGCAAACCGCAUCCAUUACCACCGGUACCCAAACCUGCCCGGCGUGCUCAGGAACCUCCUUCAGUCGGGACACCGAAUCCUCUCUGAAAUGUCGAGUUCAGGCACCGCAGCUGCUGAGUCUGUGUUUCCUGCUCUGGAUAUCAUUCGCCGCGCGGGACCUCCUGAUUUGUUGCGUGACGAAAUCCAAGUUCAUGUGGCUGCGUAUCUGUCCAGCCCGGUGUGGCAUGUGCGUGACAUGGCUGCCCGUACGCUUUGUUCCUGUCUCCUGCAUGAGAAGUGGCUCGUCGUUAUCAAGGAUAUCUUUGAGACGGCAGUGGCUGGCGAAUCCAAAAUCAAACAGAACCAUGUCCACGGAGUUCUCAUGACCCUUAAGUUUCUCAUUGAGAGGCUCAGUGAAGUUGCCCAUGAACGACUACUCAUCGGUCUACCGGACUUAAACUCCUUCCUUUCCCAAGCAAAGGUGGACGCCCUGUUUCCCAACUGUCCCGACAUCACCGCCACAUAUCUAGGAGUCAUAAACAUGAUUUGGUCCUUUGAACUGGCCAACAAGCGACCCCUAACCAAAUUCAACAUCACCAUGCCCACAAACACAGCAUCUGCUCUCCUAAAGAUCCAAAAGGCCAUCCACGACGUAUUCCUCCUGUCAACCCAGCAAGACGCCAUCACACAGCUACAAUCUCUCCUCCAAAGCCAACAAGUCGGUCUCGACGGGUUGGUCGCCGCCCUCGAAACCAUCCCCAAAGUCUGGGAUACUUCGUCAUGCUCACAGGACACCCUGGCCGCGCUAUCCACUCUAUACAUCAACGUCUGUCUAGAAACCUCCUACUCAGAAGCCCAGGUCCUCUCCAUAGAAAACGUAGCCCACGUCCUAGACAAGCUUCUCGAGAUCAAAGUCUUCGACAAAGUACCCAAAGAAGCAUUGAUAUCUCUCUGGGUAACCCUGCCCACCCGUCCCAUGAACCCAGCCCUCUCAAACGCAGUCAUCAGAGCAAGCGGUUCCAUCGCCGCAGCACUAAGCUCCCAACCCACAACUAUGAGCAUCCACGCAUGGGGUCUCAUCAUGGCCGACGCCGCUCUAGACGACAAGACUUUCGACACUCGCUUCGCAGCCGCCUCAUCUCUCCAAUCCUUUUUCGCCAUCCGCACAUCAUUCUCUGUAGAGCAUCUCCCUGCCCUCCUCACGCUCUACGACCUCCUAAACGACGAUGACGACGAAGUCCGUGACAUGGCCGCCAUGGCUGCGAAAUCCGUCAUCGGCACCGCCCUCGUUCCUAUCGAAGCAGCAAACCAUCUCCUCCGACUCCUCGCCACCCAGUUCGGCACGACACCAGAGUUCAGGGCCAUCGUAGCGGACCGUCUAGUUGGCUACUUUGGCGUCCGGGCUGCGAACCGCACGAACUGGGAACCAGCAGAGGUUGAGCUCGCUCAGGCGCUCGAAUUCGAUGACUCGCUUUUCGUGGUGGAGGAGCAGAAUUUGUUUAUUGACGAGGUGCGCGAGACGAAGCGGUGGGUGGACGUUUUUGAAACGCUUGAAUGGGAUGCCGAGGAUGAGAAUUUGGUCCGGCUGGUAUGUUGGGCGCAGGGUGGCAUUGGACAGCUGCAUAAACUUGCAGAAUUGGAGGACGGACCGUUGGGAUGGGCGUCGAAUCCGACUGUGUUUGCUAUUUGUACUCGGCUGAUUCGUUGCUCGGUGGCGUUGGGGAAGAAGGUCAAGAGUGCUGCGUUGGAAGAAGUGGUUGGAACGGCAAAGGAGGCUUUGCGCGUGAACAAGACGAGAGUAUCAAAUCUGCUUACUGAAGGGUGGAUAGAUGGUUAA